UCUGACACAGUCAAGUCAUACGCCAUGAGUCUGCCCACCAGUGCAACAAGACACCUCAUCCUGCACCGCUCCUUCCCCUUCUCCCUUCCCACCCCACCCCCCUCGCCACCCCUUCCGUAUGAAUGUGCCGACGGUAUUGGCGAGCAGGGCAUGCCGUUCCGCACGUCGCACGACGUGGUGGGGCGGGCGGUGGCCAUAGCGGUGGCGCGCGGAGUGGAGCUGAGUGCGCUGUCGCUGGAGGAGCUGAGGGCCAUCAACCCGAUAUUCGAGGCGGACGUGUACUCGUUCCUGGGCGUGCACAACUCCAUCACCAAGUUCACCUCCUUCGGCUCCACCGGUGCUGCCCGUGUGGACGAGCAGCUCAAGUUCUGGCGGGACAAGCUGCACCUGUGA